AUCCCUAAUGGAGGAGAGAUUGGAAUCGUCGUCGGAGGAGGAGGAGAUCAAGAUCGCUGUCCUCUCCGUACUCAAGAAUGACACCAUUCUUAAGCGCAUCUUCCUCAACGUCUCCCCUCCCCCGUCGCCGCCGCCGACGACCGGCGGCGACGCCGUCCGUCCCAGCCGUGGAGGACGAGAAGACGACGACGGGCAAGUGGUCCUCUUCGGUCGGCAUCCGGAUUGCCACGUCGUCGUCGACCACCCCAGCAUCAGCCGCUUCCAUGUCGCCGCCCGCCUAGUGCCCCUCCGGCGGAAGCUUUCCGUCACCGAUCUCUCCUCUGUUCAUGGGACUUGGGUUUCGGGAACCAAGAUCCCGCCCAACGUGGCCGUCGACCUGGUGGAUGGCGACACUCUGAGGCUCGGGGCCUCGACGAGGGUUUACAGGCUUGAAUGGGUCUCAUCGAGCCGCGCGCUUGAGAUGGAGAACCUAUUGGAGACACUGGCUGAGGGCAAGGAAGAAACAAAUCAGGACGAUUCUGGAGACUUGAGGAGUAACACGAAGGAUCCGUUGGCUGCCGUGAUCCCUUCGGCACCGCCUUUGCUGGAAUCUAUCAAUCUGUCGUCUCUGCCAGUGGAACAGGAGCAGCACAGCCCACUACCGGAAGCGGAGAACUCGUGCUUCUUUUCUCCAGUGCCGAUGCUGGAAUGUGAUGCGCCUUUGAUGCCAACCACCGUGGAGAAUUCGAGUACUAAGGUUUCAUCUGCUACUAAGCAACCAUCCGAGAGGAGGGAGCAUCUGAGCCCGGAAAGGUCCGCGGCGAGGAGCAUGCCAUCGAGCCUCUUGUCAUUGAGGAGCAAAUCAAUGUCCGUUGGCUUCCUUCGGACCCUCACAGCAAGGAGACAGGAGAGACUUGGAGAAGCGAGAGCAGAUACCGACGUCCAAGAAGGCACUGGAAAAGACAGCUACACUGCCUGUGAACAAGCCAAGAGUGAGGGAAGACUAUGCAGGGUAUUAUUCGACAAUCUGGGUGAAAAUGAGCAAGAUCGAGAGGAAUGUUUUGCUUCAGAUAAGGAGAAUGCGACUCCAAUGUCAGGCUGCCAGAAGACCAAGAGGAGCUACAGAGUCCUGCAAAACUCUGCAUGUGUUGCAGAACAUUCUGAUACUGAGGCAAAUACGGCUUUCUCUGCUGACAAGGAGAACUCGAAGCAUGAAGUACUGAGUGACUUGAGGCCUAGAAAACCCACCUCUGAGAGUUCCGUAAGCAGUAGCAAGGGAGAUGUAACUUCUGGUUCAGAUCACAAAAUCUUGAAAUCGAUUACUUCUGCAGCGAACUUGAAGAAGAUGUCGGAUUCAAGCAUCAUCAGAGAUUCUUCAGAUGUGUCAGAAGAAUUGCUCUACAGUGACAAAGUCAACCGGACACCAGAAUCCUGUAAAGAUAUGAAAUCAAGAAGAGUGGUAGGUGGAAAUCUUGCGAAGGCCGGAGAUAAUGACGGUGCACUUCCUUCGGACAAGAAGGAAUUCUCAUUCAGUAGCCAAACUAGAACUGAGGAGGCGAUUGCGAAGAAAAGAGUUGAAAGGAUUCCAUUUCAACCUGUGCUAGAAAAUUCCGCCUCGAAAAGCAAAUCUUCUGCCUGUAACUGCGCCUCAAUCAAAGAUGAUCUGAGUGUAAAGUGCGAAUCCGAUUGCUCUCCUAGACAAUCUAUGGGCGCAGUGCUCCAUAAAGCAGAAGCCAGGAAGAUAUGGAACGUCGUGGUCGACGCAGACUGUUUCCUAGAUGAAGAAUCAAGGAGGUCUUUGCAGCUUCUUGAAGGCCUAAAAGGGACUCACCUCAUCGUUCCAAGACUUGUCAUCAGGGAACUCGACUGCCUGAAGCGGCGCGAGAGCCUUUUCGGCGGUUCCACGAAGUUGUUGGCAUCCAAAGCGCUGCGGUGGAUAGAAGGGUGCAUGGUGAAGACAAAUUGGUGGAUUCAUGUUCAGAGCUCAGCUGAGACAAUGACAGUGGCACCGACUCCCCCUGUCUCACCUCGAACACUAUCCCUACCCGAGAUUGAUUCCCCCAGUGCAGAGGACCACAUCCUGGACUGUGCACUCUCGUUCAAGAAAGCCAAAAGAGAUGGACAACUCGUCCUCUUAUCCAACAGCAUCACGCUAAAGAUCAAAGCCAUGGCAGAGGGGUUGCCAUGCGAGACACCGAAGGAAUUCCGUGAGAGCCUCGUGAAUCCAUUCUCGAAGAGGUUUCUCUGGGCGAACAGCAGUCCGAGGGGAUCAACUUGGUGUUGCUCGGAUGAUGUAGGCAUGUUCGAGAAAUGUUUCCGCCACCAACAUCAUCCACCUGUGAGAAAAGUCGGCAGAGCGGCUGAGGCCGUCAAAGGACUAAAGCUGAUACUGCUCUAUGGUUCCCACCAGCAUGCACAGAUGAGUUUCCAUAUUUGGUAAGCGGCUUAACGGAUCCAAUUUCCUAUCCAUUACUUGGAUUGGGCCCGGAUCCGGUUAGGCAUGACGCCAUCUCGAUGUCUUUCUGCUUCCUUUAUAAGAAUAUACAUUUGUGCACCCUGUCUGUUUAUUGUCACAGCAGUAUCUCAAAUUUUGCGAGUUACUUUAUGAUCUGACACAAAACGAAUUAUAUAUAUGGUAUAAUUAAGGACCAGUUUCUGCAUGUGUUUCUACUUUCUUUGCAAGUUGGGGACUUGACAAUGGCAUAAAAUUAAGUUCUGCUGCAGUGUGUUUGAUGAUGGUUCUAAUGAUUGAUUCUGCACAACAAAAAUGUGUUGGUGAGGAUGAAAUUGCAUAGAUAAUUGAAAGUAUUUGCUUGAGAUUUGCAUCUUCUUCAUGGAUCAGUACUCAUCAAAUCAUUGCCACAAAUCUGAUACUGGUUCCCAGUCAAGUCUCCUUGGCUCUUGCUCUUCAAGGGGAAGAGAAGAAGGUAGGAAAAAACUUAGAACAGUGGUGUUCUGCCACGGGAACAAUGAGGACAUCUCUGGGCCAUUAGAUUUCAGGAAAUUGAAAGCUUGAUCAGUGACCAUAGAAUUUGUAUGAACAGGAGAGCAUGAUAAGGUAGACCAAAAGUCUGAGACUAAGAGACAAAGCAAAUGCCUCCAAGAAAACAAUGCAAGAACUAGAGGCGGCUGGUUAGCUACUGUAGCCUCUCUUAUCACCCACUGCAUCCACCAUUCAUAUCCUAAAGCCAGUCUCCACCUCACAACUCCUAUCCUAUCCUCCCUCCAUUUGCUCACCACCUUCAUUUAAACUAUACACACCAUUCCCCUCAACCCUUCAAGAGAGAGAACUCUGUGUUCAGGGAGAGGUACAGCUCAGGGCCGACACCAGGUCACUCUACAGAUGGCCUCAGCUACUCUCCUCAAGUCCUCUUUCCUACCCAAGAGGUCAGAAUGGCACGCAGCUGCGCGCAAA